AUGGGGUCUCAAAAGUCCGGGCCAUUCAACGUCAAGAACAUUGCCGUCAUCGGCGCUGGCCCCUGUGGACUCUCGGCCGCGAGGUAUCUGCUCGCGCAAAAUGCCUUCGAGAGAAUCGUCAUCUACGAGCAACAGCCCGAAGUUGGCGGAGUGUGGAACUACAGCAAGACCCCAUCGCAGACUCUCCAUGUGCCUCAAGUGAGUGCUUUCUGCCCACCCGAUCCACCAAUUCGAUCGGGAACUGCGCCUCCAGUCUUUCCAACUCCGAUGUACGAUGUGUUACAUACGAACAUCCCAUGGCCUCUCAUGAAAUACUCGGAUAUGGCCUUCCCGGAUGACUCGCUUAUCUUCCCUUCCCGAGACAUUGUGCAGGAUUACUUGGUGAAAUAUGCCGAGGACGUCCGACAUCUUAUCAAGUUUUCUAUGGUGGUCAAGGAUGUGCGCCCGCGCAAAGAGGAUGGAAGAGAUCAGUGGGACCUGGAUGCCAUGUCCACCGUGAAUGGUGAUAUGCAAACGGCCACCUAUGAUGCCGUCGUUGUUGCGUCCGGUCAUUACUCGACUAUGUUCAUUCCUGAUGUGAAGAACAUCAGAGAGUUUCAUGAAGCGCAUCCAGAAGUUAUAUCGCACUCGAAAUCCUAUCGCACGGCAGAUCAAUUUGCGAACAAGAAGGUUGUCGUCGUCGGCAACUCUGCCUCCGGACUUGACAUUGCUGCUCAGAUCAGCCGAGUGUGUCGAAAGCCAUUGUUGCUGUCGGUGAAGACUCCUUGUCCGCCAGACAAUCUCGCCUUUGUCGGUGCCGAAGAGGUUCCUGUGAUAGAGGAGUUCCUCGUGGGACAGAGGGGCGUUCGCUUCCAAGAUGGAAGAGUCGAGCGAGAUAUCGAUGCAAUCCUGUAUUCAACAGGAUAUCUAUUCACAUUUCCGUUUCUCACAUCGCUUGCCCCUUCCUUGGUAUCCGAUGGCCGGAGGGUCCAUGGGCUUUACCAGCAUUUGAUCCACAUUGACCAUCCGACGUUGGUGUUUCCUGGCCUCCCAAUCAAGGUGGUCCCUUUCCCCCUUUCCGAGAGCCAGGCAGCGGUAUUCGCAAGGGUGUGGACCAAUGCGAUUUCUCUACCGAGUACAGCAGAGAUGAAGGAGUGGGAAGACGAGGAGGCUCGGAGGAAGGGACCUGCCUUCCACGUGUGGCCAAAGGGUGCCGAUGGUGAAUAUAUCAACUCAACACAUGAUCGGAUUGUGCAUUCAGGGACGCAGGGGAAAGAACCGCCAAGAUGGGACGAUGAGCUUCUUUGGCAAAGGAAGAUCUAUGCCGAAGCCAAGCUCAAGUUUGAGAAGGAAGGCCGAGUCGCAAAGUCUCUCGACGAGCUGGGCUUUCCAUAUCCAUCAAGCGGCCAAGGCGAGACCAAGGAAGAGAUUCUUUAA